AUGGCAAAGAAAGGAGGACCAAACGAGAAGCUUUGUUUGGUCGACACAAAGGGCCUGGGAAAGCCGACGACCUUCUCAGGUGAGAGUGAACAGUUCCUACCAUGGAGGCAUCGAAUGUCGAGCUACGUUUGUUCGAUCCACCAUGAUCUGCAAGAAGUUCUAGAGUGGCUCGAAGAGAGGGAGAAGCCAUUCUCCUCGGAGGAGUUGGACACAGCCUUUGGAGAAAAGGCGUUGGAGGCGGAUCGAGUUCCCAGACUGCAAGAAAAGUCGAGGGAGCUCGCGAACGCGCUCCAAAUGGUUACCUCGAAGGAACCAUUUACGAUCGUGUGCAAUUGCCAGAACAACGGGUUCGAGGCAUGGAGACGCCUUACGAGGCGAUACGAUCCUGCGACUGCAAGCAGGAAGCGCACGAUGUUGAGAGCGAUUAUAUCGCCCCAGAAGCAGAAGCUGGAGAAUCUCCCUCAGGCCAUCGAAGAAUGGGCCGACGCUGUGCGCACUUACGAAAAGCGCAAGGACAGCACAGGGCGGCGAACGACCCUGGCUGAUGAGAUAAAGAUGGCAGCACUGGAGGCAAUGUUGCCACAGGAGCUGGAGUCUCACAUCCAGUUGAACCAGAGCCGGUUCUCCACGUACGACGACGUGCUCGACGAGGUGACUCGCUUCAUCGAGUACAAGACAGGAAAGAGUCUGAAGGUGAUUUCUGCAGCCGCAGCCAGUGCGGCGAGCAAGGAUGAUCCUAUGGACCUGUCGUAUGUGGAGAAAGGCAAAGGAAAAGGAGCAAGCAAGGACGAGAACUGGCAGGAAGGAGAAGAGGAUGAAGGCUGGGAAGACGGAGACUGGGGAGAAACCUGGGAGGACGGUUGGGAGGAAGCAGAAACAAACAACCUCUACGUGGGAGCGAAGGUUCCUCCAAAGGAGGAAAAAGACGAGGAUGAAAAGGAGCUGGAAGCUCUGGAAGAGCAAAUGGACAGAGCAAGGGGUCAGUUCCAAGACCUGAAGGAAAAGGUGGAACUUGCGAGGAAACGUCGCCAGGAAAGACUUCUUCAGGAAGCGGAAGAGCUGGCAGAAGCCAGGAGACGUUCCCGCGGCGAGGUGCCAGGGCAGUCCAGCUUCGGAGCGUUUUCGUCUUCGUCGCGAGGACCUCCGGAGAGAGUGCGCGAGCCAAAGGCCGGAAAGAAAGAGGAGAAGAAGGAGGUGAGGUCUAAGGCUUUGGACACGGCACCCUGGAAGCGCGUUUCGCGCUACCGGGAGCCACCAGUGCCUGAGCCCAAGACCCCUCCAAAGGCGAAGCAAGAGAGGCCGAGAACACCGCCGAAGUCACCACCGCCUUCCAGGACCAAAAGUCCGCUUCUCAAGCCGAAGGUAGAGCCAAAGAGAACAGAACCAAAGUCACCACCUUCGAAGCCAAAGGUAGAGCCGAAGAGAACAGAACCAAAGUCACCACCUUCGAAGCCUCCACCUAGAAGUGAAGAAGUGCAGCCAAGAAGCGAAGAGGUGGAGAGACAACUUGCUACCACAGCGCCGAAGUGGGGAGCCUCAAGGAGCCAAAGACCUGUGGCGAAGGCAAAGCCAAAGCUUCUAAGGAGUCCGGCGUCUUGGGCAGGAAUGCGCUUCAGGGAACGUGUGGCCCACCAAGAUGCCAUACGAGACAAGAAGCCCAGAGGCACCGUCGGGGAGUCCUUACUGAAGAAGCAAGGCGAGGCCUGCUCCACCUGCGUGUCGAGGCGACUGAAGUUCAGGAGCAAAGCGUCCCUUCUGCUGAAGAAGAGGAUGAAAGAGUACAAGGCAGCAGCUGCAAAAGCAGCGGGCUCCCACUACGCCAGGAAAGUUUUCGAAAGAGAAAAGCUUGUGAGGGCCGACAGGCCCAGCAAGGCUGAACUGAGGAGCGCAAAGGACGAAAGCGACUUCGAGGAUGACCCUCCAAGCGAGGGGCCCGAGGAACCCAAGAAGGAAGAAAAGAAGAAGCCACCAAAGCAGGAAGAAGGAACCGAAGGAGCAACCGCGAUCACGGCAAGCACCUCGAGCAGCAUGCAGAGGAUGCUAGCGUCGGGUCUUAUGGAGACCAACCGUGCGAACCUCGCGGUCUUGGACCAGAGGAUCGCGACAAAGAGAGAGAAGCUCGAGGGACGCGGCAGUGACCCAGAGCUGGAAGCCGAGAUCGCGAGCCUGGAAGACGAGCGGAAGCGCCUGAAAGAGGAGCGUGAGCGCCUCAGGGCGCAGCAAGCGGGCGUGAAGAAAAAGGAACCCGAACACCGCAGAGACCAGUCGGUGCACGACGUGCGCUACAAACGCCAAGUGGAAAAGGGAGACAGCCACUGGAAGGCUUGGCGUGCGGAAAAGGGACGAAGGAGAGCGCAAGAGCACAGACGCAGCGGUGUGGGCGAAAGAGCAAAGGAGAGGAUCGAGGCCGACAAGAAGUGGCACGCCCGGCACGACGUGAAAGUGAAAAAGGGCGACUUCCGCGAUAACCAGAAGGAAGAGGUCGACGGCAUCGACACGGAGGUUAUCCACAGCGAUGGGACGGAGGCCAAGCCCGAGCGGCGAAAGGACUACCGCCCUCUCACGAAAGCCGAAAGGACGAGCCACCGCGUGGAUGCCGACGACGAGGAGGAGCUCUACCGGAAGGAGCUCGAAAAGCAGGAAAGGCCGAAGGCGACCGGGCGCUACUCGGCGGACCCGUCGAUUGCGGCCGAGCAGAAGAAGAAGAGGAACCAAAAGAGAAACCAAAGGCGCAACAAGCUGAAGAGGAAGCUUGGAGGAGAAGACCCGGAGGACCCGGGCGAAGGAGGCGUGCACCAAUCGGUGCACAGCUUCGAGACCGUGGAUGCUGCCAGCCUGGGCGCUUCGCCAGGCGUGGCUAGCGUCGAGGUCAACUUUGACACGGGAGCGGCCGUGACCGUUCUGCCUGAGAAGUACGUGACGCAGCCAAAGGACAACGGCGUCCGCUACAAGACGGCGUCAGGUGAGGCGCUGAAAGACCAAGGAAAAGCCGAGGUCACCGGCACUUUGUCGGGAGGCCGUGGGGCCACAAUCACCGGCCGAGGCGCCGGGGUCCACCGCAUACUCCUGUCAGGAGCACAAGCGUGCAAGACGCAUUUUGCGUUUCUGCACGGAACAGGAGGCUUGCUGGUCCCAAAAGGAACUGCUUUCGCUAAGGAGGCCGACGAGGCGUUGCGCCAGUUGGCUUGGAAGCACAAGGGUGUCGGAACCAAGAUGCAAGUGAAGAACGGCAUCUACGUGUUUCCUCUGCAAGACGAGAAGAAAGGAGAAAAAGGAGGCACUGAAGACGACCGCUUUGCCGAGGAGCCGGAGGCUCCAGGCGAAGAACAACAGAGGGCGAUAGUGCCGAAGAGCCCAGACCAGCCAACGGCUGACCAGAUCGCACAGCACGAAGCCUCGGGGCACGCGGUGCACCGUUCCUGGUGCGUCCACUGCCAGAGAGCACGAAAGAUGGUGAAUCCACAUUACCGGAUUCGGAGAGCCGAACUUGAGACAUCUUUGCCGACGCUACACAUGGACUACUUCUUCCUGGGCAAAGAAAAGCAGGAAGACGACGUGAUGCCGCACCUGGUGGUUCGGUGCGACAAAACGCAGCGCACUUGGGCAACUUCGUUGCCCGAGAAAGGCACGCAUGCGUACAACGUCACGUGGUUGGCCAGCGUGAUACGCGAGGCCGGAUGGAAGAGGAUGUGUUUAUUCUCAGAUAAUGAACACGCCCUCCGUGCGCUCAAACUCAAGGCCUCCGAAGAAGUCCAAAAUGUAGUGUUCGACUUGAGAGAGAGUCCUACAAGUACGGAACACGAGAAUGCGCCAUCGAACGGCAUAGCCGAGGCCGCAGUGAGAGAGGUGAAGCGAAUGGUCCGAGCUAUCCUGUCGGAGCUGGAGACAAAGCUUAAGAUCGAGGUGGGCGUGGACCACCCGAUUCUCGCCUGGAUCGCGAGGCAUGCAGCGUUCUUGAUGACACGUUUUCGCAUUGGCGAAGACGGGAAGUCAGCUUACGAAAGGACGCUGGGCCGACCGUGGAGGCGACCUACCAUUGUCUUUGGCGAACAGGUGAUGUUCAAGCCAGUUGGUUCGAGACACAAGCGAGGAAGCCUAGAUGCAAGAGUUUGCAUGGGACGUUACGUCGGAACUGCGUCGAGGAACGCAGACUUGCUGAUCAUGACGUCCGAGGGUAUAUCCCGGGGCCACUCCUUGCACAGGAGGCCCGAGGAUGAGAAAUGGCCUGUUGAAGGUUUCGACGUGCUACGCGGAUUGCCUUGGAGGAUGUCCGGUCCACAAGAGCGAGCGUCGCCCAACCGAGUCGGUAUGCCCGCUCUCGAAGGCGAACAACCCGCGCCACAACACCGAGACUUCAAGGCACGCAACCUGUACGUCAUGAAGUCCGACAUUGAGCUGUACGGCUACACGCCUCAGUGUCCGGGAUGCGAUGCGCAGCUGAUGGGUCUCCCGCAGCGAGCGCACAAUGACGAGUGCAGGAUGAGAGUGCAGAGAAGACUGCAAGAAACUGACGAGGGAAAAGAAAGAGUGAAAAGGGCCCAAGAGCGAGUUGAAAAGGACUACGGAAAGCGGGUCAAAAGAGACCAACCCGCGCUGGAAGGAAGACCUGCCCCCGACGCAAUGGAUGUUGCAGCAGAGGAAGCGGCAGGCGCACCUUUGUCCAGACCAAUGGAGGUCGAGGACCGCGCCGAGCCGAAACAGCGGAAGCGCGCAGCAUCCAAGGACGUCGAGGACCUUUACCAGGAAGAGCCCAGCACGAGGGCUACCGAUGGUCCAGAUGUCGAGGUCAUUGGAGUACACGUGCAAGGGGGAGCAAGUGGCUCUGCAGGACCCGGCCUGGACCACUCACACCAACAAGCACGAGCAGAUGCAGAAAUGUACGACACAGCAACGGCGAAUCCGCCGCCAGCCAACGAGGAAGUGCGAAUGAACCUGAUUACGCGGAUGUUCGAACAAAAGGGGCUCAAGUGCAGCCCGACCGAAGCGAAGGCCAUAAACUCUAUGGUUCUACAGUUGGGAGGUAAUGGCAAUUCAGCUGUGCCCUGGAGCAUGGUGAAUGAAGGCAUUAUCUUGCCAAUGGACCAAGAGCCGCCGAUGUUCGCUCAGGCUGAGCAUUUGCGUUUCUUCGAAAAGCUGGAACAAGUGAAGCCAAAGCUUCUGGUGGGCAAGCUGCCCACUGGACCCUUCCAGUCAGUACAACGUGCUUUCGACAUGACCAACAAGAUUGGAGUCGAGACCAAACGCGGAAAUUUGAGGAAGGCCCGAUCUCAACUGGGGCUUUGCUUUGAGGCCUUCGAGGCACAGAAGGAAGCCGGAAACUACUUUCUCUAUGAGUGCCCAAGGGGAACUAAGUCCUGGGAGCAUGAACUUGCUCAAAGGAUGGGUUCGUACUUGGUUGAAGGCCCAAUGUGCAAGUGGAAAGUUGACGAAAGUGGAAAAAUGAUUGCAGGCCAAUCCGGCAAGAAGCGAACCCGCUGGAUUACUAAUUCGGCGACGGUUGCAAUAGCGCUGGAAAAGCUAUGCAAGGGCAAUGCGAAGGUGUGGAACCGAACGCUAAGCUUCAAGGAGGGGAUCGUGACGGCCAAGGCCGAGUAUCCUCCGAAGCUUGAAAGAGCACUACUGGCAGGAGUGCGGGCACAACUGGUUCUGGAUGGAGAAAUGAAGGAGGUGGGCCAUGUGGGUGGACCUGACCCACACGAGGAGCCACCGCUCGAAGAGUAUCUCCAUGACACCUUACCCAAGGCUGGGCAGCUUCACGUAAGCGAGCCCGUCAUAGACGCAAACACAGGGGCACAACUUGAUGCCAAAAAGGUUGCGGAAGCAAGAGCGUCAGAACUUGCCUGGGUGAAAAAGCAAGGUGUGUACGAGAAAGUCGAAGAGAGCGUGUGUUGGGACGAAACAGGUCGUCCGCCCAUAACCUUGAAGUGGGUAGACCGCAACAAAGGGGAUGAUGUUCGGGAAAACUACCGCAGUCGUUUGGUAGUCCGCGAGGUCAAGUCACAGGGACAAGCGGCGUUGAUACCAGACUACGCUGUUUUCCUCAAUGCCACCUCUGGAAGGAUUGAAGAUCCUAUGCAGUCUGCUGACGACACUCAAGAGGUCAAAGAGCGGAAAGAAGCUCACGCUGAAGCUGACAGACAUAUCACGUGCACACUUCUAUGGAAAAGCAGAACGACGUGUGUUUGUCACACUUCCCGAGGGAGAUGA